AUGGAUCUCCCAAAUAAGAGAGUCCAACUUUUUAUCUUCCUCGCCAGUUUCAUCGUUCUCAGCAUUACUGCUGAAAAAUGUAGGCAGCUGGUUGGGGAAAAGGAUUCAUCCCAGGGUGGGACGUUCACAAUACUAAACUGCUUUGACAUGGGAACUGGAACUUUAGCAUGCACUGUGAAGGAGGGAGUGAAACUCUAUGUCUACAGAAUCAGAACUGCUCAUGUAGAGAGAGCAAGAGAUUUAGCUAUUGAGACAGCAUUAGCUGAUGCAGUAACACAGGGAUUGCCUCCAAAAGAUGCGACAAAACAAGCACGAAAAAAAGGAUCCAAGGCAACAAAGCAAGCAACUGAGCAAGCCGAUCGCAUUAUAGGCCCAAUGUUCUCUUCUGGAUGGGACUUUUUUGAAGAUAUAUACUACGGUGGUACCAUAACCGAAGGGUUCCUUACGGGCAGUGGAACUUUAGUUGGUACCUAUGCUGGAGGGUUUCUUGGAGAGAAGAGCCUUGGGAAUUUUGGAUAUCUUAUAGGUAGUCAUCUGGGCAGUUGGGUUGGUAAUAGAAUCGGAUUAAUGAUGUAUGAUGUCAUUAGAGGAGUGCAUUUCUUGCUUCAAUUCGUUCAAAAUGAAGAAAGUGAUCGGGUGCAAGAAAUAAUUGAUUCUGAGUACCCCAAUGAAAUUGAAUCUCCUCUCUCUGAGAACUACGAAUCUCCUCCUUAUGAGAACUAUGAAACAUACGAAAAUCCUGAGCUGAGGUGA